GUCACCUCGAUUUUGCUCCGAUGCUUGAUUCCUCCACGAUUUUGACCAAAAGCCAGAAGACUUUCCCACUUAGUAAUUGGGUGCUCAUCCCUGCCCCAAUCUUGAAUGGGUCACCGCCAAGCCAGUGCGCCACAGAGCUUCUAGAAUGUGUCAGUUUAUGCAACAUCCGAUCGAAGGUGCGCUGAAACUCAAGAAUAGCCCAACAGGGAGAUCCUUCCGAACUGCUCCAUCCUGACUACUCUGAGGAUACACCAGGCAUGUCAGUUGUUAUCCUGUUAGUACGAAUACACAGUGCUAGAUGACCCCCCCUUCUCCUUCUCCUGCACCCAGCCCUCGUCUCGAGGCGUGUGUGCAGGCAGCGAAACUGGCGAUAAGCCUUCGACUAUCUGAUCUAGCAACACCAUCCGGCUACUCGUUACGCCCAGCCCUCGCAGCCCUAGCCCCACACCAAGGACGUGUCUAGUCCAUCGCCAUGUCAUAUCCCACCGAAACAUCCACACUUCUACCGAAAGACCGCAGAAGAAAGCCCAAGAAAAAUGACCCAUCAGCAAAGCUAGGCACCUUCGAAGGGGUGUUCCUUCCCACCGCACUCAAUGUGCUCUCCAUCUUGAUGUUCUUGCGGUUCGGGUUCAUCAUCGGCCAGAUGGGUAUUUUGGGCACGUUUUUCCUCUUAGUGCUAUCGUAUGCCAUCAACAUCCUCACCACCAUGUCCAUCUCGGCCAUCUCCACCAACGGAACUGUCAAGGGUGGAGGUGCGUACUACAUGAUCUCGCGGUCGUUAGGUCCCGAGUUUGGUGGCGCCAUCGGCAUUAUCUUCUUCAUUGGCCAGAUCCUCAAUUCUUCGUUGAACGUGGUGGGUUUCAUCGAGCCGUUGUUGGUCAACUUUGGCCUCAACGAUGGUGAGGUGGUGUCGCUACUUCCCAUGGGCUACUGGUGGGACUUCCUCUACUCGUCCACCUUGUUGGCCAUCUGCACAGGAGUGGCAUUGGUGGGCUCGAAGCUCGUGUCCAAAACCGCAUUCUUUUUGUUCAUCGUGCUUACCUUGAGCACGAUCUCCAUCCCGAUCUCCACGCUUUUUGUGGGCCCUUUCUACCCGUUGCCAUACCCUCAUAACGACCUCUGGUACUCGGGGUUGUCGUGGACCACAUUCACGGAAAAUCUCUGGCCCUCGUUCACCAGCGGAGCUGCGGGAUCAGUUCAGCCUCCUGGCCAGCCAGAAACGUUCCGGAACUUGUUUGGAAUUUUCUUUCCAGCUACUGCUGGGAUUUUUGCGGGUGCCUCCAUGUCGGGCGAGUUGAGAAGCCCAUCCAAGAGCAUUCCUGAAGGUACCUUGAAAGGACUCUUCAUCACCUUUAUCUUAUAUUCAUUGGUGAUCAUUUCCAUGGGCUCUUCUGUCCCCAGAGAAUUACUUCACACAGACAUCAAAAUCAUCCAAACCGUCAAUUUGCUGGGAAUUAUCGUUAUCCUAGGCGAGUUCUCGACUUCGUUGUUUUCGGUGAUCAUGGGCAUUGUUGGUGCAGCCUCCAUGCUCAAUGCAAUUGCUGACGAUAGAAUCAUUCCAGGAUUGUCCAUCUUCACGACCUUGAAAAAGUCUAAGGAAGCCAAGUACAAGGCCCAAGUUGCCAGUAUUGCCUUGACCUGGUUCAUUGCGCAAGUAUUCUUGUUCGCAGACAUCAACCAAAUUGCAACUUUCAUCACCAUGGCCUUCCUCAUGACAUUUAUUGUGACCAACAUUGCCUGUUUCUUGCUCCGGGUAGGUUCAGCCCCCAACUUCAGACCCUCAUUCAAGUAUUUCAGCAGUAAAACAGCAUUCACAGGCGCAUUGAUGUGUUUGGGUGCAAUGUUUAUUGUCGAUGGUAUAUCUGCAUCGUUGGUGAUCGUCUUUUUGAUGUUGCUCAUCUUGAUGAUUCACUACACCACGCCUCCAUCGAAGUUUGGGGACAUUUCCCAAUUGCUCAUCUAUCACCAAGUCAGAAAAUAUCUUUUACGCUUAAAGUUGAACAUGGGUGUCAAGUACUGGAGGCCUCAGAUUCUUUUGCUUUGCGACGAUCCCAGAACUUCCUGGAAUCUCAUUGGUUUCUGCAAUCACCUCAAGAAAGGUGGGUUGUACAUCAUUGGCCAUGUUGUGCUCAUGAACGAUGACACAGAUGCCAGUGGUAACAAUGCCGUCAAUAAAUCGUUCUCGGCAGAUUCGUAUAAGGAGAUUAGGGAUCAAAAGCAGGCGUGGAUCAAGUUGAGAGAUAUCUCUAAGAGUAAAGCGUUCGUCCAAAUCGCCCUUGGACCUACAUUACCUUGGGGUGUAAGAAACAUUUAUCUUGGUUCGGGACUUGGAGGAAUGAGACCAAAUAUUACCGUCCUCGGGUUUUACGAUUUUGUAAAGCACGGAGUUGCAUUGCCCUCAUUGGAAUCUGCUAACCUCAAAUUACCCACUGACAAUUGCAGAAAAGAAAGAAAAGUCUCGAUUAAUCAAUGGGUUCAAAUUGUGGAAGAUUUAAUCAUUUUGCAAGCGACAGUUGCAGUGGCGGCAAAUUUCGGUGGCAUGAAAUUGCCAAAGUCAGACGGGAAACCAAAAUUCUGGCAAAAAUUUGGCUCGUUCUGGGAGGAUGACGUUACAGGAGUUAGAAAGGACAACAGCAAGAAAAAGUACAUUGAUUUAUACCCUAUUCAAAUGUGUUCAAUUAACCAGAUGGACGACGGUAAAUCAGUCUUGUCUACCAAUUUUGAUACUUAUACUUUGAUCUUGCAGCUUGGUGCAAUUUUAGUUACUGUUCCAGAAUGGAAGUUUAAUUCUCAUGAGCUCAGAAUUAUCGUUUUCGUUGAAACCAGCCACGAGAUAGAGGAGGAGAGGAAAAGAUUACAGACCUUGUUAUCAUCUUUGAGAAUAGAUGCUGAGAUCAAGAUUGUUAAUCUUGAUGAUGGCAAUCUUGCUUCAUACAACUUUUUGGUCAAAGGUUAUUCGAAGACUUCAAUGAACAAGGAAGUUUUUGAGAAAAUUGAUUUAACUUUGAAGGAUGAUCAGUGGUGGAAGAAUUUGUGCAAUGCCAGAGAAACACUCAAAGAAUUGGAAAAGCAAAGGUUAAGAAGACAACAAAUAAAGCAAACAAAAUCACAACUUCGUUUGCAUGAUAGUGCCUCAAAGUUGGAUAGGACAAAGUUCAGUCCUUUGAAUUUAAAUUCUUCAUCCCCACCUCCGUUACCCUUGUCUGCAAGUUUAAGCAACAGACGGUACACAAUUUCUAACUUGCAUCAACAGGGAUUAUCAUUGUCACUCAACAUGAACACCCAGAAUGCGGAUCAGUACUUUAAUUAUAACAACACCAUAGAAUCUAGUGACAGCAGUGACAGUGAAAAGGAGUAUAAUUAUGAAAGUGAUGCUUCCAUUAGCAACUAUCUUACCCAAGACAGUGACAAGCGAUCCACAAACUCCAAAAAGAUAGGGAGUUCAGGCCAGUUAGAAGGCACCCCUAUCAACAGUUCCUUGAACUCCUCGCCAUUGCAAUUGGCUGGAAGUAAAACGCCUAUGGAUAAAUCAGUCGGAAAUUCACCAACUCUUGCACCAUCUGGUAGUCAAACCCCUAAGAUUACUAGUACCAACAAGUUCAAUGAAUUGAGGCACAACAGAUUUGCAGGAUUGGACAAUGAGACUUUUAAUAAGAGAUUUGGCUCGACUGACCAGCUUUCUAUCAGAUCAUCGAGAUCUAAUUUAAGGCCCAACUUCCUGUCUGUGAAAAUACCAGAGUCUCAGAUCAAUGAUGAAGAGGAUGAAGAGGGUGGCGAAGAUGAGAACAAGCCCUCAAUUCAAUUUGUUGAUGACGAAGACGCGGAAGGAGAAGACGACGAGGAAGAUGAUGAAGCACCAGACGAAAAUGAAGGUGAACAGGGAGAGGAAGAAAGGAAAAAUCAGUCCAGCAAGGAGAAGGAGAAGGAGAAGGAUCCUUUCGAUGCAAAUUUUGCAAAGGCAGACGAGAAGCUUCCAAGUAGGGGCAGUUCCAGAAGAACCUCUAGAAGCAAUUCACGAAAGCCAUCAAAAAGAGCGCCCUUGUUGUCACCAUCCAUCAUUACUAAUGAUGAUGAAAUUAUUCACCAUUUGAAAACACCUCAAUUUUUGGCUGUCGAAGACGAUGAUGAGUCCGAUGAUGAAACUGGACUCACAUUCUCCAAGCGCGAGUCUUCACUUAAGAGUCCCUUCACUUUGGCAUCGGGACCUGCAAAUUCCAGGUCCGAGUUUUACAAGAAAAAGAAGCCAGUGGAGCCUAAGAUAGAGGAGAAGAGCAUUACUCAGAAGCAAUUGCAAGAGGAAUUGAAAAACUUGAGUUUCAACGAUAUUCCUGCCAAGGGACAGCACUUAAUCUUGAACGAGUUGAUGAGAAGAAAUUCCCCCAAGGAUUCUACGGCAGUUAUCUUUUCCACAUUACCUGCACCUUCGAUCGGGACCCAUUUGGACGACAAAGAUUCUUUUGACUACACUAACAAUUUAGCCAUAUGGUUGGACGAUCUUCAACCGAUGAUGUUGUUGAACUCACAAACAGUCACGGUGACUACUUCAUUGUGAAAGACUCGGCUCAUUUUAGUUCUUUACACUUUAAAUAGCAUUAAAAAACAUUCAUUAUAUUACCAGACUCACAAUCGAGGCUUUAGUUAGCGACAAUCAUUAUACUUAUGGUCUAUACAAGCUCCCAGCAGGCAUUCUGAUUCAGCACAUUCAAUCUCUUUAGCGCAUUUACUCUCCCCUCCUGUAGAACUCAGAGAAGAAACAUAGUCGAAUGAAUGAAAAACCAAU